CUGCAGCCCACCUGAGGACCCCCCGCAUGGAUCGUACUUGUGCCAGGGUCACGUGUUCUCGGACCUAUGUGACGUCAUCUGUGACGUGGGGUACGUACCGAAAACAGACGACACCCUGGGCUGCAGCUGGACCGGAAACUGGACCACCUUCCAUGGAGGGAACACGACUGAGAUGGAAAAUGCUGUAUCAGCAGAUGUCAUCAUCCCACAGACUCUGGACUGUGUCAUCGCUAACUGCGGAGACAUUUCGACGCCGACACACGGUGACGUCACCUGUACAGGUACGACGUACGGCGAGACGUGCCAUCUCACCUGCCAUGACGGGUACGAACGGCUGAACCGAGACAACUUCACCUGCCAGGUUCACGGAGACAAAGCCACCUGGAGUGGGAAAC